CAAUGGACACAAGUCCAGCCCAAACUCUUAUAUCGGCCUAAUCCCAUUUGACUGGUUAGCUACCACAAUUAACAGCAACCCAAGUCCAGCAAUGACUCUAAAAUUUGGGCCUUCAAUCAGGUUUGGCCCAAUCCCAUUUGAGUGCUCAGCUGCCACAAUUAACAGCAGCCCAG